GUGUGAUUGUAGUUCGGACGUACCAUUUAUGUCAAAAUACUUCUUAAUAACCUAAUCAGGGUGAUUUUCACUUAAUAAAUGUAUUCAAAAAUGUUGUAUAUACCGCAUAUUCUAACGUCGGUGGUGGUUUUGUAUUUGGUACGUAAAUACCGGGUGAGUAAGUGGGGUAAAUGCCUUAAUCAGGUUAAAUUAGAUGGAAAAGUGGCGAUUGUUACCGGUGGAAAUAGCGGAAUCGGCUAUGAGAUCGCAAAAGAAUUGGCUAAAAGAAACGCACAGGUUAUUCUGGCCUGUAGAGAUAUGGAUAAGGCUAGGGAUGCCAUCGUAAAGAUCAAACAGAGUGUACUCAGCAAUCCUGUAUUGAUUGCCAUGGAAUUGGAUUUGGCUUCGUUGAAGUCAGUGAAGAAAUUUGCUACAACUAUAAUAAAAGAUUUCCCCAACAUUGAUAUAUUAGUUAAUAAUGCAGGUGUUUCAUUUCCUCCAAAAACACGAGUCAUCACAAAAGAUGAUCUUGAAGUUCACUUUGGUGUAAAUCAUUUAGGACACUUUUAUUUGACAAAUCUACUUCUUGACACGCUUCAAUCUAGCAGGGUUGUUAUUAUAUCAUCCUCAUUGCAUGAACGGGGCAAAAUCCAUCUAAACAAUUUAAAUUCUUGUGGUGAAAUGGAAGUGAAGAAUUUGUAUGCUAAUUCCAAGCUAGCCAACAUCUAUUUUUGUCGUGAAUUAGCAAGGAGGACUGAAAAAAGGGGGAUUAAUGUUUAUGCUUGCUGUCCUGGGUGGGUGUACACCAAAUUAUUCAGACAUUCAAUUAAAUGGUAUCAUUUUAUUACUGUGGCUCCAAUUGCGUUCUUUUUUAUGAGAUCACCUUCACAGGGAUGUCAGACACCAAUAUUUUGUGCUACAGACCCAAGUUUAGAAAAAGAGUCUGGUUUGGUUUACAGAGAUUGUAAAUUGUACAAAAGCAAGCAUAAGUUUGAUGAAAAAAUUGGAAAAGGUCUUUGGGAAGAGUCUGAAGUGAUAAUAAAAAAAAUAAUGGGCAGUGAUAGUGGAUUAAAAUAAAUAUCAAAAAAAUAUCAAAAAUAGUUUAGUAUAUUUAUUAGACUGAUGUGAUACAAAAGAGUUAAAUUGUUUUAUAAGCAAUAUUUGUCAGGUCUAGUUUUUCUGCUUCCUUUUUGUUUUGAGCUGAUUGUUGAAUAAUUUUAAGUAAUAAAAAAGUGGUUUUAUUAUAUGAUUUUAUGAAGUAAGAAUAUUUCCCUAUUCCUGAAGCUACUGGUAAGUUUUUAUUUUUAAGAGUUUUUUAUAUUUUUAAACCAG